AUUUUUCCAUAUCUUAUCACUUAAAACAGCUCCAAGUCUUGCACCUAUAUAAGUUUCCCUAGUCAGGCUAGCUAGUGCAGUAUAAGAAAAUCAAGUUCUUGAUGAUCUGAAAUAACAGUGUCUCUACUUCUAACAAUGCUUUCUUCAUUCGAAGUGAUUUACUCGUUCCUUCAAACUGGUUUCCUUGCUUUUGCUGUGUAUCUUUCAGCAAUCAUUCUUAAAACAUUGCUGCCAGGAAAAUCUCUGCUUUGGUUUUGGUUCAAUCAUACACAGUCUGAGUGUCAUGAUGCAGAUGAAUGUAUUGAUGGUGGAGGAAUUGAUGGCACUGAUGAUGCCGGGGAUCCUGACAAGAUCGUAUCCAUUGUGCUUCAAGUCCCUCGUAUUUUGCCAACCACUUCCCCCACGACAUCAAUAAGUAGUGUGAUCGACAGCUUACUGGAGCCCAUUGAUGAAGUUGUCGAUAACAUGCUGUUUACUUCAAGCAAGUUUAUUUCUCUUAAUAAUAGUGUUCAAGAAUGUGUCGAGGAAGUGAUGGAGAGAAACAACGAAUAUAAUUGGAACUCUAUUGUGGAUGUGCAAGACUGUUAUUAUUCCAGUGGCAUCAUUCAGGACACACUCAAACCAGUCGUAACUAUUAAAGAUAUCUACUACACUGGGUCUCCACGUCUGGAAAACGAUGAGGCUAUUUUUAAAGAACUUUUUUGUGCAUUGACUGAGACUCUUUGUUCCAAAGUUUGGAAUGGGAAAAUCCAUGUGACUAGUACAAAGAACAAACAAAGCCCUCGGCUUUCGACUAGAUUUUCUUACGCGUCCACUUUUCAAAAGCCUCAUCUCAGGAAGGUGGAUACCAUAACACUACGUAACUAAUGCUGCCAGCUGAUACAGACUUUAUAAUUAUAAAUUAUAUACCAUGCAUGCAUGUAUAUAUUAUAUAUAUACUAUUAUUUUGUAAUGUCACAGCUAGUGCAAGCAGAUUAAUAGCGCUGUUUGAUCUUUGUACGUAUUAUUAUAGCUAUACUGCAUUUUACACACUGUAUAUGUGACAUGUAUAUCUCAGUGACAAUGUUUUUUGGCUUCUGGAAAAAUUCUGCGGUAACAAUUUGAUGAAUUUAUCAGUGUCCAUCAUGCAAA